UCAGAACAGACGUGUAAAGAUUUGUUAAAAUGUUAAAACACCCGUUUUACCAAUACGGUGCUUCGGAUUCGGAGUUACCAGUGAAUUUGAACUUUAGUGAGUUUAUAUUGAACAAACUUGUGGAGUAUAAAGAAAAGACUAUUAUCAAUGGAUCCACAGAGGAAACCGUAACCUACGGCGACAUCGCCCAAAAGGCGAUGAAUCUUGCCAUCUCCCUCUCUCAACUAGGCGUCAGAAAGGGACAGGUUGUUGGAAUAUGCUCUGAGAACAGAACAGAGUUCUGGAGCACCGUUGUGGGGUCUAUAUGUACCGGGGCCUCGUUUACCACCUUCAAUAUGAUGUACACGAAACAUGAGCUAACUCAUGUUGCUGGGAUAUCGAAGCCGAAAUACGUCUUCAUCUCGCCGCUGGCUUACAAAAUGCACGAAAAAACCUUAAAAUCAUUUAAAUUUGUUGAGAAAAUCAUAGUUUUUGGUGAUGAAAAGCCGACGGGAACUAUUUCGUACAAUGACUUGGUGUCAGUUCAAAACGUGAAAUACGAGGAAUUCAGAACAGUUGACGUGGAGGGUCCGGAUGAUACGCUGUUUAUACUUUACUCAUCAGGCACCACUGGUCUCCCAAAAGGAGUUGCUUUGACACAUCGCAACGCACUGACCUCUUGCAAUACAAAAGGUGUAGAAAUUCCUCAACCACCUAUAUACCUGAUGAUAACCCCCUGGUUUCAUACCAUGGGUCUUAUGGGGUCGCUCGUAUAUUUGGCCAGUGGCAGGAACAUGAUACAUUUACCGAAAUUCGAGAUUGAAGUGUACUUGAAAUGCAUUGAAAAGUAUAAGGUCACUCGUCUCCUCGUAGUGCCACCAGUACUGGUGGCAAUAGUCAAAUACCCCAACAAGUAUGACCUGAGUUCAGUCGAUCUGAUAUAUAGUGGAGCAGCGCCGCUCACGAAAGAAACAGCUGAUGCAGUGAAGGAUAAAUUCCCAAAUGUAAAAACGGUUCUCCAAGGCUACGGUAUGACAGAGACGACUUUAUCUGUCACUCGGUGCACUGAUGCGGAGACAAAGUCUGGGACAGUGGGGAAGGUCGCGCCGGGAGCUAUUAUAAAGGUCAUCGACUUAAAAACCCGAAAGCCUGUAGGAGCCAACCAGACUGGGGAGAUUUGCGUAAAAGGCGGCGUAGUCAUGAAGGGCUACAUCGGCAAGGACCGAAGAGAGGACUUUGAUGAUGAGGGGUUCUUCAGGACUGGAGACGUCGGGUAUUAUGAUGAGGAUGGCGACUUCUUUAUCGUGGAUCGGCUGAAGGAGCUUAUCAAGUAUAAGGGCUACCAGGUGGCUCCAGCAGAACUCGAGGCAGUCCUGCUCCAGCACCCAGCAGUCCGCGACGCAGGUGUAGUCGGUAUACCCGACAGUCGCGCUGGAGAGGUGCCUCGGGCCUUUGUAGUGCUGCAAACUGGUGCCAAGGCCACUACUGCAGAGUUACAGAAGUUUGUAGCAGAGAAGCUCUCAAACCCGAAACACCUUCGUGGUGGUGUGCGAUUUGUUCCAGAAAUACCGAAAAAUCCCAGCGGGAAGAUCCUGCGCAGAGAGUUACGCAAACUUGCGCAGCAGAGCAAACUAUAAGCAGUUUACGCAGCGUACUACGUAGGGGAACAACACGCGAACGCGAAGCGAAGUGAUGCGGCGCGGGGGUGAAUCAAUCCUUUGUUACCUACCUAUAAAAAGCAGAUUGUAUAAAAGAUGCCUAAGUAUAUAUAUAUACUUAGGAAAACAAAUAACAUUCAGAAAAAGUAGGCAUAUUGAAGAAAUAAACAGACGAGUUGGUAUCACUUGGAAAAAGUACUGGAGUCAUAAAGAAAUUCUAAAAUCAAACCUACCAAUGACAUUGAAGCGCAAGGUACUUAACACUUGUAUACUUCCCAGCCUCACCUACGGAUGCCAAACAUGGAUCUACAACGCAAAGACAAAGAAUAAUAUCCAGGUGUGUCAAAGGAGUAUAGAGAGAAGUGUACUCAACAUAAAACUUAGAGACAAGAAGAGAUGCUCAGAAAUAAGAAACACAACUAAAGUGAUAGAUGUACUCGACCACUCAAGAUCCUUAAAAUGGAAGUGGGCAGGCCACUUAGCCAGAUUAGAAGACCAGAGAUGGACCAAAGUGGUGACAGAAUGGCAGGGACCUCAUGGAAAAAGACACAGAGGGAGACCAAAUACCAGGUGGAUAGAUGAUAUUGUCCCAAUAGCUGGACAAAGUUGGAUGAAGAAAGCACAAAACAGAACACAUUGGAAAAAGUUGGAGGAGGCCUAUACCUAGAAGGGGUCCUUAAAUUAAAAAUAAAUAAAUAAAUAUAAGUAAAAUGAAUUGUAUACUUAAGGAAUAAAAGGCUCUAUUAUUAUU